GUAGGGAUGCCGUUGUAUUUUAUCCCUACACACACAUUGGUUUGAUUGUUUGUAAGUUAAAAAGCUAAAAUUAAAGAAAGUAUGAAUAAUAUUUAAUUAUUUAACUUUUUUACGUACAAUAUACUGAAAUAAUGAAAACGUCUAGUACAACAUAGCAAACACUGGUUUAUUCUGCUUAAGUUUAUUAUUUAACAUUUAAAGUACCGAAAUGAUCACUAGGGGGCGGUAGAUAGAAACUUUUAAAAUGCCUCUGGCAACUGUAGACGUUGGUGUUGUGAGCACGUAAAUAUUAUACAUAAGAAGUAAUUUCCGUACAUCAAUCAUAAGAAAUAAAUGUGUUUUACAGACAAGAAGUUCAUUUGACGUUGCAUCAUAAAAAAACUAGUGCAUAAAGAUCUGUGAUAAAGUUACUUGCAAAAAAUUACAUAAACCAAUACUAUGAUACUCUAUUUCUUUUUUACAAAGUAAUAUUUAAUCUAUGUUUCUAACGUUUUAGUAUUAUCAUUGAGAUUAAACAGAAGGGAUACCAAUGCACAAAAAUAUAAACAUGUGCGACCUCAUAGAUUUAAAUAGUCCUGACAGAAAGGACUUGCUAAGUUGUAGACUUGCAUCGCCUUUAAUACCUGUUCCUAUAGAUACAGCAAACAGUAAUUAUAAUAAUCGCACUAACAAUGUAAAUUCUGUGAUGACUGGAAAACGUGAGAGUUUAGAAAAUAAUCCUUUUGAUAUGGUACUACAUAAAACUACAGAAUACAAUCAAAAAAAGAAUGAUCCUUUUGAAGUGACUUUAGAAAAGGCACUCAAAGCAAAAUGUAAAAAAAAUGCUGCAUCGAGAACAUAUGCUGUUGAUUUUACUGAUGACUACACACCCAAAAAACGAACGAAGAAUUUUCAGAGAUUAAAAAUGAAUAAGACAUUGGAUGAAUCUUUAAUUAAUGAGGAAUUACAACAGGAAAGCCUAACUACCAAUAAGAUAUUCAACGAAAAUGUAGUGCUCGAGUUAAAUGAACUUGAUGCGUUAACUGAUAAUUUAAAAACUGUUGAUGUAUCUGAUAACUUAUUAUUUUCAAAUAAUAAGAAUGUUGCACCUACUAUAGAAAUUCAAGAGGCUAAUUUAUCCAUUUUAAAUCAAUCCAUAAUGAAUGAUACAUUGUUUGAUGCAGAAAGGGAUAUAGAUAAUGACAAUCACAUUAAACUCUUAACAAAUUUGGAAGAAGAUACAAAUAAUACUAGUCAUAUUCCAUCAUCUGUCACAUUAUUAAAACCACCAAAAUUUCGACGUUCUUUUUCACAACCAGAAAAUGUAACAUCAGUAAUGUCAGAAUAUUCGCAUCGUUUAUCAAUAGUCGAAACUAUACAAACUGAACAUGAAAGUAAAAAUAGUUUAUCACCUUCACUUCAUUUUUUAAACGAAGGUUUUUUGAAAAGUUAUAGUGGGAGUUCUAUGUUUACAAGUUCAUCAAGUAUUUCUUCUAUUGCAAGAGUAAAUUCUAUUUCACCUAUAACUAAUACAUCAAUAGCUUUAUCAAACGGCACCUUUAACAGAGCAUUUUUAGAAAGUUUUUCCUCUGAAAAAUCAGAUACUACAACAUUAAACAAAAAACUAAGUCCUACAAAAGAAGUCAAUUCUGUAUUAUCAACUACAAAAAAUUUAGGAACAUCAGUAGUAAAUAUUUCAAAAAGAACUAGGUCUUCGAUAUCCGAUUUAACAGAUCGACUUAAUAAACUUAAAGCGAAAGCUUCAGAACUUCAUGUUCUUGAAGAUAAUACAAACAAAGAGAAUGAAACCAGUCCUAGCUCUUCUAAUAAUGUUAAAGAUUGUGUAAAGAAUGUGAUAGAACAAGCGGAAGAAUGUGAUAUGAAUAACAGACUGAUAGAUGUUGAUAUAUUUUCACCUGAAACAAAUUAUAGUGCAGAUCAAUAUAAGAGUUCCAUUUCGGAUACAUCAUCAGAUUCUGUAUUUCUUGAUGGUAACAAAGUGAAUAAAUCAAUACUUCAUGAAGCAAAACUUCUUGCUAGAACUUUCGAAGAAAUGGCUUUAAGGACAAGUUCGGGAUCAAGCAUUGAUGACUUGAUUACCAACAAUCCAUUAUGGACAUCUGAGUUACUUCCAGCUUUUGAUGAUGAAGUUGAUAAUUUAAUUGAAUUACCCACAUCUCCAAAUACAAAUAAUGCAAAUUUAAAUUGUAGAGAAGUUAGUAGUUCUAAAGACAGUGUUUCAUAUACAAAUGAAAAAUUUGUUGCUAACAAAUCGAUGGAUAAUGUAAAAGAUUUAGAAAUGGAACUGAUUGAUCCAAUACCUACCGAAAAACGUAUCACGGCAGCUUCGCUUGUAUUGGAUCUGAAGAAAUUAAUUAAUACAGAAAAUAAUACAGAAGCGAAUAAAUUAUUGGAAAAUUUAGAGAAAGUUUUAGGUAUUAAUUGGGAAAGUAAUACUGAAUUAUUAACCACUUAUCUUAAUCUAACUAAUAAUUUAGCGAAAAGUCCACUCAGGUCAAGUAACAACUUGGAAAUGAAAAAUGUAGCAGAAAAUAAUAUGGAGUAUAGUCAAGAGGAUAAUAUAACCAGCGAGUUGUCAGAGAAUAUUAAAGAAUCAGCAUUUAGUGUAAAUAUGAAUAUUAAUGAUUCAAGCAUAGAUAAAUGCUCUACUAGUGGUGAAAAAUGUUUUAAAAAAAUCCAUAGCGAAACAAAAAAGUCGUCAGAAGAAUUGAAAAUUAGUAAUGAAAAAAUAAAUAACGAAAAUAAAGAAGAUAUCACUGCUCAGAAUAGCAAUAAAGAAGAUGCUGCAUGCAAAACAGAAAAUACCAAUUCUUUAAAUGAGAAAAUGGUAAUGGAACUUCUUGUACACUUGGGAAAAUUAUUAACUGGUCAGGCUAAAGAACAGUCUACAGUGAAUUUAUUUCAUAAUUUCGAGAAAGCAUUGAAUUUAGUUUCUAAUAAUUGUAAUGAAAAUACAAAAACAAAUAAUAAUGAACUAGAAGUUCAACAAAUAUCAGAAAAAUCUAAAUUAAAACAUGAAAAUAAAACACAGUCUUCGGCUUUAUCAAAAUCUACUAACAGAUGGAGUUUGGAUUUGGAAUCAAAGAAACAACCGAUCAGCAAAUCUUUUAUGAGAAAGAGCAUAUCAGUAUCACAAACUGCACCAGUUAAAAUUGUACCAAGUCCAGUAAUGUUGAAUGGAAAAAGUACAAUUCAACUCAAGGAAGUUACAAAACGUUUUUCUAGCGAUCCCGGUUUUAUUAGUCCAAUGACGAAUAAAAAAGUUACUUCAAAUAAUAAUAAACAUGAUUCGGAAAAGAUCGCAGAAAUAAAGACAGUUGUAACGUCAAAUUUUGAGAAAGAAAAACCUACCAUCGUUAACACUGUUAAAACUAAGUUGAAGAAAAACGUUAGUGUAGAUGUUAUAAAUAAAAGGGGGCCAAUGAAAGCUAUUCUUCCUAUAGGAAGUAUGCAGAAACGAGAAUCCAUUAACAGAAGAAUAGUUUCAUCCACUGAAACUAUAACACCACCCAAGGCUCAUAAAAUAAUUAGUAGUACACCGAAUUCUGUAAAUAAUAAAUAUUCAGUAAAAAAAUCUGCACGAUCUUCAAAACCAGUAGCUUCAUCAACUCCAGAUGCUUGUAAUUCUAAAACACGCAAAAUACCCUCGCAAAUUAGCAGCAAUGCAAAUAAACGCAACUUUGGAUGUGAUAUUUCACCUGUAACUACACGUGUCGAUAUCAAUAAUAGUAAUGGUGUGAACUGCAGUCCAAAAAGCAAGUUACCAUCUUCAAAACGGACAACUCCUAAACGCCGUUCAGCAGAUUCUAGCAUACCAAGAUCUCAGACUCCUCCUAUAAAUAAAAAAUUAAAUUCGUCGUUUGAUGUUAAUCAGUACGAGCGAUUGACUGAAUCACCGCAGCGUUCAAUAUAUAAAGUAUCAAACACCCAAAAAAAUUCACCGGUUUCUUUAAAAAAGAAUGGCAAUAACAUGCAACAAAGUCCUUUGAGAGACAGUAAUAAACUUAUGCAUAAAGUGAAACCAAUCAAUUUGAUCUCGAAACUCCGCCGACACAGUGUUGGUAAUCUAACGGAAAAGGAAAAUAAUUAUAUUUAACUUGCGAUAAGAGAUAAUUUAAUAAUUAACGAGGGUUGUGUAAUUAAACGUUUAACGUGAGUAUUUUUUUAUCUUUGGAACUUUUGUACCUAUAUAUUUUACAAUAAA